AACUUGUUGGCUACCUUUUUAUUUUCUUUCCGGUAAAUCUAGAAUUAUAGCUCGUCAUCUAUUAAAUGUUUCUUAUUUUUUUCUUCCUUGUUCAUGAAUGUUACCUUGCAUGGCUAGCUGGAUCUACCGGUUCCUUCUGUUCUGCUUCUGUGCCUCUCACGCUUUGGCAGCAGACACACUGUACCAAGGUGAUGAUUCCCUCAGUUCUCCCAAUACUCUAGUUUCCAAAAAUGGGCUCUUCACUUUAGGAUUCACAGGACUCGGCUCUGCCGAGUCGAAUGCUAGCUACUUGGGAAUAUGGUACAACAAUGACACAAGCCACCCUUUUUGGCUAGCCAACAGAGGCAAACCCAUAGCAGACAAUUCAGGGGUUCUUGCAAUAGAUGGAUCAGGAAAUAUGAAACUCACCUACUCUGGAGGUGAUCCUGUUGAGUUCUAUUCAAGUCAAUCUUCUACAACCAAUAUAACAGCUAUUUUAGAAGAUUCAGGCAAUUUUGUUCUCAAAGAUGAAAAUUCUGGCAGCCAACAGGUCUUAUGGCAAAGCUUUGACUCUCCUACUGACACAUUCUUGCCUGGAAUGAAGUUAGGGAUCAACCAUAGAACUGGCCAAAACUGGUCCCUCUUGUCGUGGUUGAGCGACUUAGUACCCACCCCCGCUGGUGCUUUCACUUUUGAAUGGGAUACUAAUGGAAAGAAGUUGGUCAUUAAGCGGCGCGGUGUAUUUUAUUGGACUAGUGGACCAUUGAGGAGCAAUACUAGUUUCGAAAACUUUUAUCUGAAUUCAGGGAAAGAAGUUGAUUUCAGUUUUAUUAAUGAUUCUAACGCAGACGAGGAUUACUUUAUGUUCAAAGUUUCUGCAAAUGAAUAUGCUUCUCGGGAUCAAAGGAAUUUUUCAAUGUGGCAGUUGAGAUCUGAUGGGAGCAUAGUAGAUCUAACUACUAGUCAAGCAUUUGGGGGCCCAAUAUGUAAAGGAAAUAACGCAGAUGCUGGUUGCGAGAGGUGGUCAGGACCGACAUGCAGGAGCAAUUGGAACAGUUUUGAAUUGAGAUCAGGUUACUUUUUUGAAACAGUUCCUAGGAAGGUCGACUAUAAUUCUAGUCUUAGCACUAGUGAUUGCAAGGACAUCUGCUGGAAAAAUUGUACAUGUGUUGGUGUUACUCCCAUAGCCAAUAAUGCCAACAAUACUGGAUGCGUGUUUUGGUAUGGAAGCUUUACACAAGGCCUGACUGGAAAUAACAUUCAACACUACAUCAUUGUUGAUCAAGGCUCUUCAGGGAAAAGGAAUUGGAUAUGGAUUAUUUUAGCUUCUGUGGGAUUUGUUUCACUGAUGGGGCUCGCGGGACUCUUGUGGUAUCUGAGAAGGAGAAGACUUAGAGAGAAGUAUCUCAAUGAGUUGCUGACAUUGGAUUCAACGAACGAUACGCUUGAACUCGAAAAUGACGGAAACAAGGGCCAUAAUUUAAAGGUAUAUACUGCAGCAACAAUUAUGGCUGCUACAAAUUCCUUUUCUGCAGACAAUAAACUUGGACAAGGUGGCUUUGGACCAGUUUACAAGGGGAAAUUGCCGGAUGGGCGAGAGAUAGCGGUAAAAAGAUUGUCUAGAAAUUCAGGACAAGGACUGGUGGAAUUCAAAAACGAGCUUAUACUCAUAGCUAAAUUGCAACACAUGAAUCUUGUCAGGCUCCUAGGCUGCUGCAUUCAAGGGGAAGAGAAAAUGUUAGUGUACGAAUACAUGCCUAAUAAAAGCUUGGAUACAUUUAUAUUUGAUCAAUCAAAAAGGGAGCUCAUAGACUGGAAGAAGCGAUUUGAAAUCAUUGAAGGGAUAGCUCAAGGGCUCCUUUACCUUCAUAAGUAUUCAAGAUUGAGGAUAAUUCACCGAGAUUUGAAGGCUAGCAACAUACUACUUGAUGAAAAUCUGAACCCCAAAAUUUCUGAUUUUGGCAUGGCAAGAAUUUUCAAGAUCAAUGAUUUAGAAGGAAAUACAAACCAAAUUGUUGGGACGCGUGGUUAUAUGUCCCCUGAGUAUGUCAUGGAGGGCAUUUUCUCUGUGAAAUCUGAUGUGUUUAGUUUUGGAGUUCUACUGUUGGAAAUUGUGAGUGGUAGAAGGAUCCAAGGCCUCCUUGAAAUAGACGGCAGCCCUCUUAAUCUUGUGGGAUAUGCAUGGGAGCUAUGGAAAGCAGGUAGCCCAAUUGAGCUGGUGGAUCCAAUACUAAGAGAAUCUUGCUCUAAAGACCAAGUCUUGAGAUGCAUUCAUGUGGGCUUGCUAUGUGUAGAAGACAAUGCAGUGGAUAGGCCGAUUAUGUCAGAUGUUAUAUCUAUGCUAACAAGUGAAGCACAAUUACCUCUUCCCAAACAGCCUGCAUUUUCCAAUGCAAGAAGUAUUGCGGAAGAAAAGAGCUUCAGCAAGCCUGCAGAAAGUGGUUCAGAAGAGACUGGUUCCAUAAAUUAUGUUUCGUUGUCAACUAUGGAUGCGAGAUAGCGGUUAGAGCGUUAGAUGGUUUAUUCCUCCUCAGAUUUUGCAUGUCUUCUGUCGUUUUGGAGCGGACUCAUUCUCCAUCAGUAUUUUGUAUAAUAAAUUCUAAUGUGAUAGAUGCAAUACUAAUAACACAGUAGAUGAUUGAAUUUAAA